AGAUGAUCCUUCUUUUGCGGAUGGGCUUGGUGAAAAAAAAGCAUCAGGCGUACCAGCUGGACGUGGAGCAGGAGAAUUGCAGCAGCAAGUUGACUCUCCAGUUUUCGGGUCAGCUUUGAAAGGGAGUGCCGAAAGUCCUAUUUUCAACAUCAAUAAAGAAGAACCAGAAACAAAUAGAACUCGUCCCCCAGUACCAGCAUUCGGCAACGCUUCAUCUAAUUCUAUGGGUGGAGCAGGAGCACCAGCGC